AUGUCGCCCCCAUCGGCGCGGGACCCCAGUCCCAAUGCUACCUUCAAAUUUCCCGCCUUCCAACCCGAUCUCAUGCCUAUGCCCGAGGAAGACCAUGGCUACGGCCUCAGCUCGUCGCGGUCCGCUAGUCCCAACCCUGCAACUCAAAUCAACGGCAGCACGAUGCCCGCAGAUCGGUGGCAGCCACGCAAAGAGGCGAGGUUUGGCGGAAUGAGUACUUCGAUGUCCGGCCCCUCGACCAGACACGGGCGCCAGAAGAGCUUGAGCGAGGCCUUCAAGACCAUACGCACGCGCAAGGGCAGCGUCAGCCAGAAUGCCCACGAGAUUGCCGAUGCGCUCAAGGCACCACUCUCGCCAAAGCUCAUUUUGCUGUGUGCCGCCUGGUACAUGACGUCCAUCUUCACAAACAUGUCCUCCAAGGCCAUUCUUACCGCGCUGCCCAAACCUAUAACCCUCACGACUGUGCAGUUUGCGUUUGUAUCUGGCUGGUGUCUGAUACUCGGCAUGCUGGCCAGGAAGUUUCCUCGCUUGAAACAGACAAUGCCCUUUUUGAAAUAUGGAAUCCGCCCGCCCUCUAGGGAACUGGUCAUGGCUACGCUGCCCCUGACGUGCUUUCAAAUUGGUGGGCAUAUACUGAGCGCGGACGCUACGUCGAGAAUACCAGUCUCGCUCGUGCAUACUAUCAAAGGACUUUCGCCACUCUUGACUGUUAUGGCAUACAGCAUCUUUUUCAAGAUCCAGUACUCGCUACCUACCUAUCUCUCACUGAUACCACUCACUCUGGGUGUGGUUCUAGCGUGCUCGGCGGACUUCAACGCCAACUUCAUCGGCCUGAUUUCCGCUUUCGCCAGCGCGAUCCUCUUCGUCGUGCAGAACAUUGUCUCGAAGCAAAUCUUCAACGAUGCCGCGGCCGCAGAGAAAGACGGGCUCCCGCCCAACCGAUUUACCAAGCCGGACAAGCUCAAUCUGCUCUGCUACUCCUCUGGACUUGCGUUCCUCUUUACCCUCCCGUUGUGGUUGUGGUCCGAGGGCUUCACGCUCAUCUUUGACUUUCUACACGAUGCCUCGAUCGAACUGUCAGAUCACCCCGACGCUUUAGACCAUGGAAGACUAUUCAUCGAGUUUAUCUUCAACGGAACAUUCCACUUUGGACAAAACAUAGUAGCUUUUGUGCUCCUAUCUAUGGUUUCCCCCGUCACGUACUCCGUCGCAAGUCUAAUCAAGCGCGUCUUCGUCAUCGUCUUCGCCAUUGUCUGGUUCGGAAAACCAAUGACUAAAGUACAGGCAUUCGGUUUCGUACUCACCUUCGUCGGCCUGUAUCUCUACGACCGUACGCACGAUUCCGCCAGGGCGGACAAGCGCGCAAAAGCGCUCAAGUCCAAGGACCAUGGUACCUUACUCCCGCUUGCGACUGAUGUCAAGUCUCGAGCGGCAUUCACGGCUAGUCCGACGCCCAUGUCCGGAACGGGAAUGUAUCCUAUGGCAGGCAUUUCCGAGUCGAGGGACGAGAAGAGAGAUGAUAGCCUAGGCGGGUCGCCGUACAGACGAACGUCUGAGCAGAGCGCACAGUGUCUGCCUCCUGGGACAAAGGCAGAAGAAACGUGGCGACCUAACGAUAUGAAUGGCAGUAGAAAGAGUAUAGGCGUUUCAUGA